UCUUUCUCUUUCUCUUUCUCUUUCUCUUUCUCUUACUCUUACUCUUACUCUUACUCUUAUUACUACUUACUUUUAAUUAUAUAAACGAAUGAUUACUAAUAUCUCCCGUACUUGGCGUAGAAUUUCAAUUCAAUUUAAAUCAAAUUUAAAUAUGAAAAGAAAGUCAUUUUCUUCUUCUUCUUCUUCUAGUACAACAAGUUCAACGACCACAGUGAUAGAGACAAAUAAUGAUAAAAAGAAAAUAAGCAAGACUACAAAAUCAGUUCGUUUCUAUACCAUUGAUACUAUUUAUUAUACACAUUCAUCUGCAGAAUAUGAUCGUUCACCUUCGAGUACUUUAUAACUCUAAUCAUUGGUUGUACAUAAUUUUAUUUCCUUAAAUAGUUAAUUUAUCUUUUUUAUGCAGUUGAAAUGCAUUAUUUUAUUUUCGCAACUUCUUGGCACAUUAUAUUCAUCGUCAGUAAGCAUCUAUAAAAAAAAAUGCUUUAUGAUAAUAAUAAAUGACUUUAUCAUUAUCAUU